CAAAAAAUUUUGUAAUUGUUUAAUAUCACAAAAUAUUGGGUUAAGUAAAAAGUUUUGAGCGUUUUCCGCUAGAUGGCUUUAGUGAAGUCAUAUCUCACGAUGUAUACGUCGCAUCUGGUCAUUCUAUACUGCGACUUAAAGGUGACAUAACGCUUUAAAAAAAGUUCUUUGACAGUUUUGUGUUUGGUGAAGCCAGUUGUGUGUUAGAGCGUUCCAAAAUGGAGGUAAAAAAAGAAAAUUCGAUACAUUCUUCAGUACCACUACGACCAAAGGGAAAAAGCGGAGCAGGCGGCUAAAAAAAUUUGUGCUGUUUAUGGACCCAAUACAAUAUCGAAUGCAACAGCAAAGCGGUGGUUCCAACGAUUCCAUUCUGGUAAUAUGGACGUCGAAGAUGAGACACGCUCUGGAACUGAAGAUUAGCCAGAAAACCGUUUGGAACCAUUUGCAUAAGGCUGGUCUCAAGAAGAAACUCGAUGUAUGGGUGCUACACGAAUUGACGCAAAAGAACCUUUUGGACCGAAUUCAUGCCUGCGAUUCUUUGCUGAAGCGUAACGCAAUCGACCCAUUUUUGAAGCGGAUGGUGACUAGCGAUGAAAAAUGGGUCACAUACGAGAAUAACAGGCGAAAAAGAUCGUGGUCGAAGCGCGGUGAGCCGGUCCCGGACGAUCGCCAAGCCCGGAUUAACUGCCAAGAAGGUUUUACUGUGUGUUUGGUGGGAUUGGAAGGGAAUCAUCCACUAUGAGCUCCCAUCGGGCCAAUCACUCAAUUCGGACCUAUACUGUCAACAACUGACCAGAUUGAAGCAGGCGAUCGACGAGAAGUGGCCAGAAUUGGCCAAUAGGAAGGGUGUUGUGUUCCAUCAAGACAAUGCCAGGCCGCACACAUCUUUGACGACGCUCCAGAAGCUCCGAGAGCUUAGAUGGGAGGUUAUAUUGCACCCGCCGUAUAGCCCAGACCUGGCUCCAAGCGAUUAUCACCUUUUCAAGCAUUUGCAAAAUUUUCUUGAUGGUACAAAACUGGCCUUAAGAGAGGCUUGUGAAAAUGAGUUGGUCAAGUUUUUUACCAAUAGGGACGAGGACUUCUUCAAUCGCGGAAUUAUGAAAUUGCCUUCAAAAUGGACAAAAGUUAUCGAACA